UUCAUAAUACUAAAUUAAGAGAGUUAAGUUUUAAUGUAGUCUUUGAAGUUGCACUCGAGUUUUAUAGUCUGAACUUAAAAAUUAUUCAUAUUCAUCUCUGAAGUUGUACUUCGGGAUUUAAACUUGUCCUUCCGGCAAUUUCUGGCCAUCUGGCGCUACCGAAAAGCUGAGCUGGCAGGCUUCGUGACACGUGAGCAUUAUAGAAACGAUGCCGUUUUUGCUGUGGCGCCAAAAUGACAUGAAACGAUGUCGUUUCAUGCCGAAAAUCUCCCCCCCUCAACGUUACACUAACAUAUUGUCUCCCUCCUCGCAAGACACAAAACAAACACAACACAAAGUGAGGUUUCUUCUUCUCCGAUACAGUCACCAAUGGCGCAUGUGCGAUUGCAUUAACCGCACCGAUUUCAGUCGAAAAUUUAGGUUCUGGAGCAUUGCUGUUGUCAUCUUCUUCAUACACAGAGUUGGGAAGGCUAGUUUCUCUGAAACAGAUGGGUGAUCCAUUGAUUACUAUCAUAUUUCACCAUGGAGGGUUGUUUAUCACAGAGACUGAUGGAAGUAUGUUUUACAACGGUGGAGAGAUUAUCCGAGACUAUCACAAGAAAAUUGGGUAUGACAAGGUUAGCCAAACUUGGUGGCUGGUGCCUAAUAGGUCUUUGCAAACUGGUUUAAGAGCAAUAACAGAUGAUAAGGAGCUCAUGGAGAUGUGUUACCUGGCUCAGGAGAACAAGGGAGUUAUUCAUGUGUACUAUGAACAUGGAGUAUCUGAACCUGUGUAUAUUGAGGAAGUAGAACCAGUGGCAUCUAAAAGCAAGGAGCUGAUGCUGAUACCAACCAUUUUUUCCACCCCAAAAUCCACCACCAAUGCCACAACCGAACCAAUUCCACAACCGAACCAAUUCCCACCACAACAUCAUGCACUCCAACUUCUGAACCAAAAAAGCCUACCGAUACAACAAAACCAAAGGAGCCACCUUCUUCAGUUUCUGCUGGUAAUCGAAACAUACCAGAAAAAAUUCCCCCCAACCCACUGCAAGUCUUGGAUCUAAGCUCAAUCCACCACCAAAAACAAUGGCCCAACCUAGUAAAACCAAACCCAAAAUUUCACAAAAAAAAUGGCCCAACUCACUGCAAUUUCUAAACCUUGGUCCAAAGGGAAAGAAACCAAGAAGGCUAUACCAAAGAGAGGCUGUAAGAAUGUAAAAAUAGCAGCAGCAUAUGGAAGGAGGCCACUGACAAGAGCUGGUACUACUGGAAAUAUUGCAAGAACAAUUUGUAAGGAAAAACAGCCAAAAACAGCCUUUGUUGCUUUGUCUAGCUCAGAUGAAUCCUCAGACAGCCAUGACAGUGAUGAUAGUGCAGAGGAUGAACCAUAUAGGCCUGGUGGUGAUGAGGUGUCCAGUGAAGAAGACUUGCCUCUGGAUAGAUCAGCAACAAAGACUAAUGUGAAACUGAGAACUAGGACAGAAAACUUACAUAACUAAAGAAGGCUAUUAUGGUUGAAGAUGAUGGUCCUGUUUGUGCAGGCUCAGAUUCUGAGGAUGAUGAAAUAAUUUUUGGACCGAUUUCUAAGUUUGGAUCAUCAGUUGCUCCUUAUCAUGAUGUGCAGGAUGAAGCUUAUAAUGAUUCUGAUGGUGGAGAACUGGAGACUCAUGGCACUCGGAAGAAAUGAAGACUUCUUCGAACUCUGAGGAUGAGUUGGAGGAAGUUGAUUCAGAUGACGUCUUCCUUGCAUUCAAAGAAGGAGGGAGGUUUGGAGAGCUUAGGCUUGAGGUUGGAAUGACAUUCACUACGAAGAUGGAGUUCAAAGAGGCUGUGCGUGAAUAUUGUAUACAAUAGGGUAGAAGGAUUUGGUUUAAGAAGAAUGAUAACGUGAGGAUGAGAGCUGUGUGUAAGGAUGAGAGCUGUGGCUAGCUUGUGUAUGCUUCUAACAAUACUGAGAACAAUUGCUGACAGAUCAAGACGUUCAUGGAUGAUCACACCUAUGCAAGAGAGACCAAAAACAGACUAGCUAAUAAGAAGUGGCUAGCCUGCAAAUUGGUGAAGAAACUAAGAAAAUAUCCGAAUCUGAGACACUUCGAGGCUGCACAAUAUUUUAAGACAAAAUGUGAUUUAGAUCUAAACAAGUCUUCACUGACCAGGGCCUUAGGAGAUGCUAGAUCUAUUGUGUACGAUGAUGCUGCUGCCCAAUAUGGCAUGGUGAGGGAUUAUGGGCUGACACUGCUGAAGAGCAAUCCAGGCUCCACUGUCACAGUUGGUGUUAUACCUCAACCCAACCCUGAUGAUAAUCCAAUAUUUGAGAAGAUGUAUGUUUGUUUGGAGGGAUGUAAAAAAGGAUUUCUGGCUGGUUGCAAACCCCUGAUAGGCUUGGAUGGAGCUUUUCUAAAGACUCGGCAUGGUGGUCAGAUCCUGUCUGCCAUUGGCCAAGAUGCAAACAACCAUAUAUAUGUGAUUGCCUAUGCAAUUGUCCCUGUUGAGAACACUAAGAACUGGAGAUGGUUCUUGGAAUUACUUCAUCAAGACUUGGGGGAUUAUAAGAAGAACAAGCUGUGUUUUAUCUCAGAUAUACAGAAGGACCUUAUAAAUGCAGUUAAGGAGGUUUUUCCAGAUGUUCAUCACAGAUUCUGUGUUUGGCAUUUGUGGAAGAACUUCAAUAAGCAAUGGAAGGAUCUCCAGCUUAGAGGGCUACUAUGGGAUUGUGCAAGGUGUACUAGCCAAGAUGGAUUCCUUGAAAUCAUCAAAAGGAUUGAGAAGGUUAAUAAGGAAGCCUGUGAGUAUUUGAACAAGUGGCCUAGAGACUCUUGGAGCCGGGCAUUCUUCAGUAAUGCACCUAAAAUAGACAACAUCUGCAACAAUGUCUGUGAAGUCUUCAACUCUAGGAUCAAAGAUGCUAGAGCUAAGCCUAUUAUCACACUCUUGGAAGAAGUCAGGAUGUAUGCAAUGAGGUCGAUAGCUAGGAACAAGGUGAAGCUUAAUUCAAACACUGAAAUUCUACCUCCUAUACAGCGCAGCAGGUUAGAAAAGAUACGGAAGGAAUCAAAAGUUGGGUCCCGAUGUGGUCUGGUGACCCAGACUAUGAGAAGUUCGAAGUUCAUAGCUGGUCAACCAACAUGGUUGUGGAAUUGGGAAAGAGGCUCUACACAUGUGGUUUCUGGCAAUUGAGUGGUAAUUUUUUUUAAAUUCAUUGUUUUAAUCUUAUUAUCAUUAUCAGCCUUUGUUGUUGGCUUACUGUUGUUGUCUUUGUUGUUGUGUGAAUUGUAAGACCCUAAUUAGCCUAAGCCUUACCUCGCGUCGUAAAGCAAAUGUUAAUCAAAAGUUACGAUAGUUCUAAG